AGCCGUAACCGUUCUAUCUGUAACGGUCAAACGUACUGCGGUUGUUUUUUGUGCCGUGCACGGUUUUUACGUUUUGUCUCUGUUACCAAAGUGUGCAGCAGCUCCAGUUGGCGCCAAAAACAUUGUUUAUGGUUCGCCGUUGUCUUUCGCGUAACCCGCUCGCGUGAUGGUCGCCCGUCGUUUCCGCGUGUGAACUCGCGUUCGUGCCGUUUUGCCCUUCCGUCGUCUUCUCACGUCCCUGUAUUCGUUUUAUUUUAUGUCGCGCGCGCUCGCGACUUCAUAGACAACUUCCGUCGGUACGUUCAUCCCCUCGUAUUCGUCGUACUUAUUUCAACCGAGUUACACCACUAUAUCCGUGCGUAUCGGAUAUGGAUUGCAAAAAAUCACAAACCUAUUAUGGUUUUAUAUUAAUCAAAAAAGGAAAUGGAACAAUUUGUGGUCGUUAUCCACUGACAAAAAAAGAAUGCAUUUUUGGGCGUGCUAAAAACUGUGAUAUAAAAAUUUUUUUAGAAAAUGUAUCUGCUCACCAUUGCAGUGUAUUUUUUGUUGAUGAUAAGGCAUAUAUUCGCGAUAAGAGUAUGGCUGGUACUACCAAAGUCAAUGGAAAAAAAAUUGGUAGGAAUAAUUUUUUAUUGCAUCAUACAGAUGAGAUUGAUAUUGGUGGUAGAAAAUUUGUAUGGGAGUAUGCUAAAUCAUACAUUGAACCAAAUUAUUUAUCUGGUAAAAAAACAUUAACAAGAAAUAGCUUAACAUCAUCAAAAACACCAGAACAUUUUUCAAACCAAGUCAACAAACCAUUGGUACCUAAAAAUGACAAUAAAAUGACUCCAGUUGCGGGAAAUAUAAAAACUCCAUCUAAAACUCCAUCUAAAACCAUUUUAAGUUUUAACAAAACACCUAUCAUUGUAGCUUCUACAAAUAUGUCCAAAUCUUCUUUUGAUGUAUUGAAAAAUAGUUUACAAAAACAAACUUCAAGUGUAACUCCUCAAUCUGAACAUCAAUCAGUUAAAUCAUUAGUUAUGGUUCCUGGUCAUAACAUACCGGUGAUGGGUGAUUCAAAAGUAACUCAAAGAAAAUCAUGGGUUGUUACUCAUACACCAAAUAACUCAUCUUCAAAUGGAGUACAUGUCUUAAACAGAUUAUCUUGUGAAAGGUUAAAAAGAGAUUCUACUCCUGAAUUUAAUUCAAGUUAUCAUUAUGCUGAUGAAAAUGUAGAAUUUGAUUCUCCAGAACCACCAAAUAUGAUAAAUGAUGAACAUUCUACUAGUUCUCGUGCUGAAGGCAAAGCUGAAGAUUUCUACUUAGAUGUCACAUCAGAAUCUAAUAUUGUAGAUUUACAUUCAGAUCCUGAACCACAACUGGGUACUUCCAGAAGAGAUACUUAUUCUCUUGAUAAUGUACCAGUUGUGGUAGAACAAAAUACACCAGCUCCUAGACGUUCUAUUUUAAAGUGUUCUAAAACUGCUAAACCUAAUCGAUCAAGAUCAAGUUGUCGAAUGGUUCAGUUUGCUCGGCUACCUAAUACAGAUAGCAGAAUUAAAAUCUCAAAAAAUCGACUUCAUUCUGGAUCUAAUUUUAUUGUUUCUAAUAAUCAAGUAAUUGAUACUAAUCACUCAGAUGAUUCCAAGAAAGAUGUACUAUUUGAUGCUGAAGAAUUUGAUGAUGACUUAGAUGGUGUUCAACCAUUAGAUAGUAGUGUUUCGUCUCUUAUUAAUUCACCAAUUUUAGAUAUUUCUAAUCUAAAUAAAUCAUCUAAACGGGGAUCAAGAGGCAAUAAAGUAAUGAGUCUUGUUAACUCCAUUGAAAAACGGGCUAAUGAAUCUUCUAUACAUAGUAUACGAGCAUCUGAUUUGCUUAGUAUGAGUGGAUCAAAACAUAACAAUACCUCUCCUGAAUCAAAUACAAUUGUAUCGGAAAAUUCUAUUUCUUCAAGACGAAUUAAUUUAGAGAAUUUUUUUGAAGCAGAAGAUUCUUUAAAAAAAAUAUCUUGUAAUGAAAAUGAAAAUACUAUACAAAACACUGAUAAAAGUUUAUUAAAAAAUACUGAAAUCGGUUUGGUAAACAAUUCAGAUCUUCAAAAGCUCUCGCGUAAUUUAGAUCAUGAAUUAAGUUCAGAUCACAUUGAUGAUGAUAAAAUUCAAGUAGAAUGCUCAGAGCAAAUUCAUGAAAAAGAAAUUUUAACCAUUAAUGAUGAAACUUCCAAUUGUGUUUCUUUAAAUAUAAAUGAAGUUUCAAAAACUGUAGAAAAUGAAAUUUCAACCAUUGAUGAUGAAAUGUUAAAUAAUAUUUCUGAACAAGCCAAAGAAUUUGUAGCUGCAGAAAAAGAAAUUUUACUCAUCAAUGUUGAAAAGCGAAGUAAUAUUUCUGAAUGUGUUGAAGAACUUUCAUCUGUUGAAAAAGAAAUUUCAACUAUUGAUGAUGUAAUGUCAAAUAAUAUUUCUGAACAAGCCGAAGAAUUUGUAGCUGUAGAAAAAGAAAUGUCGACCUUUGAUGAUGAAAUGCCAAACAAUAUUUCUGAAAAUGUUGAAGAACAUUCACAUGUAGAAAAUGAAAUGUCGACCAUUGAUGAUGAAAUGCCAAACAAUAUUUCUGAAAAUGUUGAAGAACUUUCACAUGUAGAAAAAGAAAUGUCUACCAUUGAUGAUGAAAUACCAAACAAUAUUACUGAAAAUGAUGAAGAACUUUCACUCCCAGAAAAAGAAAUGUCAACCAUUGAUGAUGAAUUGCCAAACAAUAUUUCUGAAAAUGUUGAAGAACUUUCAUAUGUAGUAAAUGAAAAUUCCAUUGUAGAAAUAGAUUGCUCAUCUAUUGGUGAUGAAACAUCAAGUAAUGUUUCUAGACAUAUUGAAGAAGAAGAAAUGUCAUCUAGUUGUAAUGAUGAAAUAUCAAAUGUUUCUAAAAAUAUUAAUGAAUCUAAAUCUAUUAAAAAAUAUAUUCAAAAUAAUGUGUCUAAAUUAGCCAAAUUACCAGUUAACAAAGAAAAAGAUCAUUUUAAUAAAGACAAUAAUUUAGAACACGUUCAAAAUUUAUCAGGUAAUAAAAGAAAACACUCAAAUGUACAAAAUGUUCUAGAAAUAGUCAAAAAACCCGUUAACGUAAAAAAGAGUAUUAUAAAUGUACCAGAUAGUGUUGUUGAUACUGCUGAAAAAUGUAAUGAAGAUUUAGUUCAAAUUGAUAUUCAAAACAGUCCAGGGGUUACCAAAAAAUCUUUUUGUAGUAAAAAAAAGCACUUAGAUGUACAAAAUGUUUCUGAAAUUGUCAAAAAAUUAAUUAAUGUUACAAAAGUUUACUCGAAUAGCCAAAAUGAUGUUUCAAAACAUUUUAAUCUACCAAUUGAUCAAUCUUCAUCAAUAAUAGCUCCAUUUAUGCCUCUAGUUCCAAAUUCUAGUAUCGAUACAAUUGGAGCUACAAGUUUUCACCUUAAUGAAAAUGUAUCUGAAAAUAACAAAUUACUCGAAAAAGACCAAACAAAAUCAUUGAAAAACAAUGAAUUAUCAUAUGUAAAAAAAGAAUCUUCUACUGAAAACAUAAAUAAUACUAUAAUGAAUGCUAUUGAGUCGCAGUUAAGUGAAAUUGACAGUGAUAAAAGCACUUGCUCUAAUUUUAAUGAAAAAGAAACUAUUUGUGUUGCUUCAUUGUCUAGUUUAAAUAAUGAGGAUACACUAUUAUCAAAUUCUAUUGCAGUGGAAGGAGAAACUGAUAAUAUUCAUUUAGAAAUAAAUGAAAAUGUUUCAUUAAAUUCUAUUAAUUCAUCAUCAUAUAUCGAAUCCUUAAAAGAUGAAACUGCCACAGCAUCAAAUUUGAUUACUUCUGUUAAAGAUAAUAUUAAUGUUACAGAAGUAUUAACCAAAACAACAAACACUGAAAAUGGUACCAUAAAUAUUAAUAAUACAAACAAUUUAAGUAGUUCAUUAAUCAGAAAAAGCAUAUGUCAUAAUAAUAAAUCAAUUGAACUAUCAGAAGCUAUAGGUUUGGAUAUUCUUUUUAUAAAUAAAGAUGGAAGUGGUUCCCAAAACUCGGUGCAAAAUAAAACCACUAUUUUUAGUGAAUCAAAACGUUCUCCUAUUACGAAGAAGUCUUUAGUGCUAGAUAAAUCAAAUAAACUCACUAAAAAUACAUUGAAUGAUGAUCCUCAAAAUAAUGAAAUCAGUUCAGCCAAAACAAUAUUAUGUUUAUCUUCUGAUUCUAAAGACUUGGAACAUGAAACUUCUACAAAUCUAGAGCAAACAUUUGAUGCAUCUAUUGGUAAACCUAAGUUUGAAUCCACUCCUUGGAAUGGAUCUAAAAGUUCAAAAAUUAUACAACCUGAUUUAUAUGCUGAUGUUUCUGAAAAUAAUCAACAGCAAAGAAAGAGGAGUCGUUCAAUAACACCAUUAAAUGAUCUAGAAUAUUGGUCACAAAUGAUGAGAGAUUUUAAUGAAUCUGUCAAAAAAGCAUCAUAUUCUGAAUCGAAAAUAAAUUUUAAUACAUGCAAUCAACAAUCUGAUAAAUGUAAAAUUGCAACUCAAUUGACAAAUCCUCUCAAUCGUUCAAUCAUUAAGAAAACAAAAGCUACAAAUUCCUCCCCCAAAAAUACUCCUAAAUCUUCAAAUGUUUCCCAAAGACAAUCCACUAGAAGUAAAACAAAAUGUACAUCAUCAGCCGAUGUAAAAAAAAUUUCCAAAAGUCAGUUACUUCAUCCAACUAUUAUCAUAGGUAGAGAUGACAUUAAUAAAGCUAAUAACAAGCUUAUGAUGAAAGAUGAAACAAAAUUUACACAGAAAGCGAUAAAAUCAAAGUCUGAUAUUAUAACUACAGAUUCUGAAAGUGAAUGUAACUCUAAUAAUAGAAAAACCUCUGUAAAGUCUUUAAACAUAUCUGGUAUUAGUAAAAUAACAAGAACAAAAAGGAAACUUAAGAGUUACACAUCACCACAAAAAGUUUUAAGGAGUUCUGAAAAUGACAAAAGUCCAGUUCAAUUUUCAAAUGUGUCAAGCAAAAGAAUAUCAACAAGAAAUAAAAAGAAAUCUAUAAAUCAAACAUUACCAAAAGAUAUAUUAUCUUCUAGUUCUGAAAAUGAAAAUAGCUCUAACAGUGGUAAGAGUUCAUUCAAAUCUUCAAGUGUAUCUAGUGGAAGGAAAAAAUUGUCAAGUCCAAUUAGACAUACCAGAAGAAAUUUGCGUACAAGAAUGAAUAAAAAUGAAUCUAAUAAAUCAAUUAAAAAGCAGACAAGAUCUAACACUAUUGACAAGGAUAAGUCAUCAAAAACUAGUAACCCUAAAGUAUGUCCUUCUGAGUCUGCUACUGAAUUACAUGCAAUUAGAAACAGUGAAUAUUCUCUAAAUAAUAAAUCCACAGAGAAGGAUAAUAUUUUAGUUAAACCUAAAAAAAAAGGUUCAAAUAUUGAAAUAAAUACUCGUAAAAAUAAAGUGACUGAAAAAUCACUGAAAAAUAAAUCUCCUAUUAUGACUCGUAUUACUCGAAGUAAUACUACAUUGAUUGAAUCCAAUCCAUCAAAAUUGGAUAAAAAAAAUAAAACUUCGAGUCCAGUCAAAGAUAAAUCCUCUGAAGUUGUGAAAACAAUUCAAAAUUCAAAAUCAAAUAAGAAGGGUCGGUCUAAACGUAUCCUACCAUCUGAACCCAUUAAUAAGUAUACAAGCGAGUGUGAAUCAAGUGAUAAUGAAGAGAUCAUAGAAAACCUUCAUUCGGUCAACAACCCAACAAUAAAAAACAAAGAAAAAUGUAUUCAGUCAGAUAAUCAUUUAUCUUUAUCAUCAACUAAACGUAACCUUCGAGAAAGAGUUUGUGAAACUUCAAAUGUUAUAAUGCAAUUAAGCACACGAAGUCGAAAAAGAAAUGCUGAUAUAUCACCUUUCUCUCAGCCUAUUGCUAAAAGUAAAAAAUGUAAUAAUUCAUCUAAAGUUGCUAGUACCACAAUUUCCUGUGCUUCAAAAUCUCCACAGAAUCAUUUGUCUACUAAUACUAAACGCACCCGACAAAUUUCAAAAAUAACAGCAACACAAGACUUUGAUAAUUCUACAAAAGAAACUUUAACUGGUUCUAAAAAAGUGGAGAAAUCGAAAUCUGCUGAAAAAACUCGAGCUAAAAAACGUGUAAUUAAUUCUGAAGAUAAUUCUAUUGACUUAGCCCCAUCUACUAGAAAAAUAAUUAAAAAAGAAACUGAAAAAAAAUUAACUCGUGCAACGUCUAAAAAUUCUAAUACCGAUGAAGCUUAUAAUAGUACCAAAGUAAAGUUUGACAAAAAUGUUGUUAAAAAAUCUAUUACACCUAAAACAAUAAAAACAAGAAGUACGAGACACGCUGUUUCACAGAACAAAUAUUCCAGUCCUACGCCUCGUGUUCUAAGGUCCAGAAAAUAAAUUUAUAUAAUAAUUUUAUUCUUAGUUAUAAACUGUUUUAUUUUAAUAUUUAAUGAUGCUGAUUAA